AUGGAGGUGACCGACGAUAAUCUUGCUAGGCUUGCUAGCUACUUACAGCAAACGUUAAAUCCAGACCCGAAUAUAAGAAGACCCGCUGAAAAGUUUCUAGAAGGAGUGGAAGUAAACCAGAACUAUCCAAUUCUAUUACUGCAUCUUAUAGACAAGGAUGGAGUGGAUAUUACUAUCAGGAUUGCAGCGGCCAUUGCCUUCAAGAACUACAUUAAGAGAAACUGGCCAGUGGAGGAAGACAGCACAGAUAGAAUCCACCCUCAAGAUCGAGCAGCAAUUAAGACUCUGAUAGUGUCUUUAAUGCUGAAGUCUCCUGAAGCCAUUCAGCGGCAGUUCAGUGAUGCUGUUUCCAUAAUUGGCAAGAGUGACUUUCCUGAGAAAUGGCCCAGUCUCAUACCAGAGAUGGUUGAGAAAUUUGCUACAGGUGAUUUUCACGUGAUCAACGGCAUCCUGCGCACGGCACACUCGCUCUUCAAGCGCUACCGAUACGAAUUUAAAUCGCAGAAGCUCUGGGAAGAAAUAAAACACGUGCUCGACAACUUUGCUAAACCACUGACAGAUCUCUUUGUAGCAACCCUAGAGCUCCGCAAUACGCAUGCAGACAAUCCGCAAGCAUUAAAAGUGAUUUACGGAUCACUUGUACUAAUCUGCAAAGUUUUCUAUUCACUCAACUUCCAAGACUUGCCCGAGUACUUUGAGGACAACAUGCCAAUAUGGAUGCCCAAUUUGCUCAACCUGCUACAAGUUAAAGUGCCUUGUUUGGAGUCUAAUGAUGACGAAGAAACACCAGGAGUAAUGGAGCAACUGCGUACGGAGGUAUGCGAGUGCGCGGCGUUGUAUGCUCUUAAGUAUGAGGAGGAAUUCGGGCCACACGCUCCUGGAUUCGUCACAGCUGUUUGGACCGUGCUCUUGUCGACAGGGCCCCAGAUUCGAUAUGACUCGCUGGUAGCUAAUGCACUAACAUUCCUCGCGAAAGUGGCUGAAAAGAACAGCUACAAGAGUCUGUUCGAAGACCCAGCCACUUUGAGCAGCAUCUGCGAGAAGGUUGUCAUUCCCAACAUGGAAUUUAGGGAGUGCGACAUGGAGUUGUUCGAGGACAAUCCCGAGGAGUACGUGCGCAGAGACAUCGAGGGCUCGGAUGUUGAUACGCGCAGGCGCGCCGCCUGCGACCUCGUCAAGACGUUGGCACAGCACUACGAGGACAAAAUGAUGAAUAUCUUCGGACAGUACGUCGAGCUAAUGCUGUCGAAGUACAGCGAAGCGGGGGCGAGUGCAUGGCGCGGCAAGGACGCGGCUAUGUACCUGGUGACGUCACUGGCGUCACGCGGCAGCACUAUGGCCGCCGGCGUAACGCGCGCCUCACCACUCGUCGAUCUCGCCCAGUUCGCUGCCAAUCACGUCGUACCUGAACUGCAAAGACCCAAUAUUACAGAGUUGCCAGUUUUAAAAGCCGACGCUAUCAAAUAUCUUAUGACAUUCCGUUCGCUGCUUCCCAAAGAACUGCUCAUCAAUUCCUUGCCUUUAUUGGUCCAACACAUCGAGGGCAAAGGCGUAGUAUGCACAUAUGCAGCUUGCUGCGUGGAGAAGCUGGUGGCUGGCGGCAUGCUGCCCCGACCUGCGCUUGUACCGCACGCUGCACCGCUAUUGGCCAAACUCUUCGCCUGCAUCGAGGACCACAACGAGUACAUCAUGAAAGCCAUUCUGCGCACAUUGGCGUGUCUACAAGAAGACGGGCUAUCGUACUUAGGCGAUGCGCUGCCCAAGUUGGCCCAAAUGUUGGCCGCAGUUGCCAAGAAUCCAUCCAAACCACACUUCAACCAUUACCUUUUCGAGACCCUGUCGCUUUCUGUAUCAUUGGUGACGAAAUCAAAUCCAAACGCCAUCACGGCAUUCGAAGAUGCCCUAUUCCCAAUCUUCCAGGAGAUUCUACAGAAUGAUGUUCAAGAAUUCAUGCCGUAUGUAUUCCAAAUGCUAUCGCUGCUUCUGGAAAUGCGAGGGGCGAUGGCGUCUAUGGGCGCAGCGGGAGGCGACUCAGAUGCAUAUGGGGCGCUUCUGCCCUGUCUCGUGGCGCCCCCACUCUGGGAGCGCCCCGCCAAUGUACGCCCUCUCGUUAGGCUGCUCUGCGCUUUUGUCGCCUCCAGGAGCGCACUCAUUAUUAGGACUAACAAAUUGAAUGCAAUGUUGGGUGUGUUCCAAAAAUUGAUUGCCUCCAAAACGAAUGAUCAUGAAGGAUUUUACCUCAUACAGACCAUGCUCUACAAAUUCGGAGAGUCAGUGAUGUCUCCGUAUACAAAGCAAAUAAUAACGCUGCUGUUUCAACGCUUGUCGUCGUCUAAGACGACCAAGUACGUGCGCGGGCUGAUCGCGUUCCUCGGCUUCUACGCGGCGCACUUCGGCGCUGACUCACUCGUCGAGCUCGUCGACUCCGUACAGGCCAACAUGUUCGCGAUGUACUGCGAGCGCGUGUUGAUCCCCGACCUGCAGAAGGUGAGCGGAACUCUGGAACGGAAGGCGGCGGCACUGGGUUGCGUCAAGCUGCUGUGCGAUUGCUCGCACUUCCGUCAAGGGAACCUUGCGCCUCUCUGGCCCAGGCUCAUGCAGGCGCUAAUCUCGCUGUUCGAACUGCCGAUUGACGAGACGUCUCUUCCUGACGAUCAUUUCAUAGAAGUGGACGAUACUCCAGGGUACCAAGCACAGUAUUCCCACCUCACCUGCGCCAAGGGCAUUUCCAACGACCCCCUUGCCAGUAUCGAAGACCCCAAACGCUACCUAGCGGAGAGUCUAGGCAAUAUGGCGAGAUCUACCCCGGGAUUGCUACCCCCUCGACUGGAGGCGCUGGAAGAGCAAUACCGCAAUGUUCUAUUCCAAUAUCUUAACGUCUAUAGUGUGCAGAUAUGCUGAAACACUGUGAGUUACAGUAUAUGUAUGGGUAGGCCGGAAUUAUUACGAAUCUUAAAGAUUUUCGUUUAUUUUAGAAGAUACAAAAUGUACAUUCAAUUAGCUCCGUAAGUAGUGGGUUUGCGUUUUAGAGCUCCUUAAUGUAUCGCGAACACCACGUCGAGCUUUAUACUUUAGAUUUUGAUAUAGAGUUCAAUUUAAAUAAUGAGUAUAAAGGGAAUCGUGCCGUUAUUUAUACUUGAAAUGAAAAAAAAAAAAUCAACAAAAUAUCCAUAGAAUACAAAAAUAUCUUGGUUCUUAUUAUAGGGUGAAUGGAUUUUUUAAUAAUUAUUACGUGACGGGACGAACAGUUGCAGUGCUUGUUACUCAGAGCUUUAAAUAUCCUAUAACUAGUCACCUAUAACUUUACUUCAAAACCGCAACGCAGCAAUAUCAUAUUACUGCUUAGCGACAGAAAUAUGUACGGCGGUUGUACUUCCCUAGACGAACUCUACCACAAGGAACUCUGCUACCUGCUUACUUAUGGACAUUGCAAUUACAGUCUUUCAUAUUGUACAAAUUAGGUAUUGAAAACGUUCUAAUGUAAUUUUGGCCUACCUAUUUUGGCACCUAGUCCUGUAACUUGAAACGCAAGUUUUAAUUGUCAUAUCUUAUAAAUUUCCGAAGUCCAUAUCGUCUAUUUAAAGGUAAAACCACAUGAGUGACAUUUUCCACAAAAUAUCUUUAAUUUAUACAGCUAUGGU